GAUUGGUUCACUGUUCCUGGUUAAGUAGCAAUAAUAAAAAUCUGAAAAAUCGAGAAACAAUCACAACAUUCGAAAAAAAUGGCUGCUUUAAAUCAUCAUCAUGAUCAAUCAGAGACAUUAAAAGAAAAAUCAGAAAGUUCGACCACAAUAGAGGAAUCCCAACAACAAGCUCCAAAAAAGGCAUCUCAAAUUACACCUGGAGAGUUAAGCAGACCAGCCAAUAUUCAAAGAAUAACACAAAAGAAAAACCAAGUUAAAGCUUAUCCAAGGCAAAAGAAGUUGGAAAAGCUAGCUGUAUAUUCUUCUUGUAAGUUUGAUUCAUUAUGUACAUGCAAUGGAUGGAAAAAUCCAACACCUCAGAAGCGUGCAGAUGCUCAAGUAAAUAUUCCUCUAUCAACCAACUGUCGAAAUUGUCAACACUCAAUAGACAAUCAUGUUUCUCAUUUGACUGAUGAAUCGGAUGAUGAAGUAAACUACUUAUUGUCAAUGGUUGUUGAUGUCGAAAACCUCUUCAUGUGUGUUCACAAAGAACCAGAUGCCGAUAAUAAACAAGUUUAUUUUUAUUUGUUCAAACUUUUACGCAAGUGUAUUUUACAGAACAGUAAACCAUCCGUUGAAGGUCCAUUAGGAAAACCUCCUUUUGAAAAGCCAAGCAUAGAAAAAAGUGUAAAGAAUUUUGUCCAACACAAAUUUGGAACUCAAUUGCAACCUGAAUAUCAAAUAAUGCACGAACUUGCUCGAAUUUUUUUGCGCUGUUUAAACCAUUGGAAAUUAGAAACCCCUACAGCACGUAAAAAGAGAACACAGCAAGAUGACAUUUCAGCAUAUAAAGUAGACUAUACAAGGUGGUUGUGUUACUGUCACGUACCAUUGUUUUGUGACAGCUUGCAAAAAUAUGAUGUCACAAGUAUAUUUGGUCAAGGUUUUUUAAAGUCUGUGUUUAGUUUAAUGAAGCAACAGCUGUUAGAUAAAUUCUCUGCUGAAAAGGAUAAGCUCCCGCCUGAUACAAGAGCAAAAGUAUUGUCUCACUUUCCACGUUUCCUGUCUUUGUUCGAAGAAGAAAUUUUCUCCCAGCAGUCAGUUAUAUGGACAGAUGAUUUUAUCCCUCCACCACCAUCGGUUCCAGACACUUCUUUUUCUACGACGCCAAUCUCUUCAACAGAAUCUUCAACCAGUGAAACUGGAAAUACCUUUACUACUUGGAAUAAUAUAUCUGAUACAAGGCUUGCUGGCACAAACAACACAGAUGUGAACUUGAAACGCCGUCAUUUAUCAACUGAUACUGCUGUUGAAGCACCGCCAGACAAGAAGAAAUUCAAAAUACUACCUACAGGAGAUGUUGAUAUGGAAAUCUUAGCACAAAUAAUGGAAACCAUAACAGACCCUUCUAAAAUGCUCGGACCGCAGGGUGGUUUGUAUCCUUCUCAGACUGCACGCGACGAAUCAGCUCGUAGUGAGGAGAGGCGUGGAUUAAUCGAAUUUCAUGUUAUUGGCAAUUCACUUUCAAAGAAGCCAUCGAGACAAACCACGAUUUGGUUGAUUGGUUUGCAAAAUGUUUUCUCUUAUCAGUUGCCUAGAAUGCCGAAAGAAUAUAUUACCAGACUUGUGUUUGAUCCUAAGCAUCGUACUUUGGUUUUAAUUAAAGAUGGCCGACCUAUAGGUGGAAUAUGUUUCCGCAUGUUUCCAACACAAAAUUUUACAGAGAUCGUGUUCUGUGCUGUUUCUUCGAACGAGCAAGUAAAGGGUUACGGUACACACAUGAUGAACCACUUGAAAGAUUAUCAUACAAAACAUGGCAUCUUAAACUUUCUCACCUAUGCUGAUGAGUACGCGAUUGGUUACUUUAAAAAACAGGGAUUUUCAAAAGAUAUAAAAAUUCAGAAAAGCGAUUAUAUCGGCUAUAUAAAAGAUUACGAAGGCGCCACCUUGAUGCAUUGUCCAUUAAACGAAAAAAUACCAUAUCGAGAUUUUUCUUUGGUUAUCAAAAAACAGAAAGAGAUCGUGCGACAACUGAUUAAAAUGAAACAAGAACAGAUACGACGUGUUCACCCUGGGUUAACGUGUUUUAAAGACGGUGUCCGAGAAAUUCCCAUUUCUAGUAUUCCUGGUAUUGAAGAGACUGGAUGGAAACAACUACAGAAAGGAAGUCAUGAUUUUGAACUGGAACCUAGUGCACAUCAAGAGGCGCUCUCGAAUGUUCUUACAGCUGUGCAGAAUCAUGCGAGUGCUUGGCCAUUCUUAAAACCGGUUGGUCGAACGGAAGUUCCCGAUUAUUACGACAUUAUCAAAUAUCCAAUGGAUUUACAAACGAUGGAAGAUCGCUUAAAAAGUUGUUACUACUCGACAAAGAAGCUUUUUGUCGCUGACAUGUCGCGUAUAUUUGCAAACUGUCGUACGUAUAACGGACCGGACACGGAGUAUUAUCGAUGUGCUGGCGUUGUAGAGCGAUUUUUUCUCAGUAAAUUAAAGGAAUUUUAUGCUGGACAUGGAAAAGAGAAGAAAAUUAAAGUUGAGAAUAUGACGUAAUCAGCGACAAUAUGCUAAGAAAACCGACAACUUCGCUAAGAAAACCGACAACUUCGCUUUGGCAUGUCUAUAAGAAAAUCGAAUUACUAAAUUCGUCGAGAAUACAAAGAAGACAUACGAAGACAAAUAUAGAUAGACACGAAAAAGCAGUGUCACGAAACUGCGUUGCAGAUAGCUAUUUAUAGAACAUUGUGUAAUUAUCUACCACUUGUGUACUUCAUAUAAAUUUAAAUCAUUCAUACAA